GUUCAGGCUUACCUUGGUACUUGUCAAUAUUGGACUCUAGAUACAGGCACUGGUCCUCAGUAUCAAAUCUUUAUGGCUAAUCAAACGAUGAGAGAAUUUGCAAUUCUUGUCACUCAAGAGUGGUUGAAGGGAAAGGGCAGAAAUUUUCCCUCGCUAUUGCUGCAUGCAAUCCACGAGUCGAGCAAUAAGUUGAAUGCUGCUUUAUGUAACUUCCAGGAAAGCUCUAUGUUCUCUAGGUAGAGCAUUCGAGUAUGGACCAGAGCUUUGUAUAUUCUGGUAUGGAAACUUUACGAGUUCUUUGUAUGGUAAAGCAGAUGUAAACAAAGUAGAAGGAACCCUCAGUCUGUUACACCCAUACACUUGAGCAAAAGAUUGAUUCCAGAAUGCCGCAUCCGAAAACACAUCAGAAUCGCAGACAGAAACGGAAGUCUAGACAGCAAAGACGGCGGGUCCAACGACGUCGACAGAGAAAAAGGAAGAAAGCUCGAAAUUUCAUUUUGACCAAGUUACCGGCAUUUUCAACAGACGUCUUCCACACCCAUUGAUUACAGGCCACCAAGCCACCGGAGUUUUUGACAUAUGUUAUUUCCACUCAUAAAUUGAAAGUCAAUCCGCCUCCCCAGUGGCCAUCGAUCUUGGACGAAUGUCAGCCUCGGGCAUGUUUCCGUGAUCAAGAUCCUUCAAGUUACCGCAACGUUCGAGCCAGUGAUUUCCGCAACAUACUCUGGCCUCGUGGCGGUCUGAGGAAGGACCUAAUUGACCAAAAAUUGCUGUGGAUUAAGCAGGACAUCGCUAUCGUUUCGUCUCUAGCGGAAUUCUUGGCGGAAUAUUACCAAGAAAGAGAGGACGUUCCGCAACCGACGCUAAAGAGAAAACGCUUGAGAUACAUGUCCACUCGGAUAUACGGUGGAGGUCUCAUCAAUUGAUUUGAUGACAUUGUGUUGAUUUUGCGUAACCAUUACCAUAGAGCAAUCAAGUGUGCAGCGAAGCUUGCAAGAUUGAUGCUAAGGAGCUGCAGAUAUAUAUCCCGUAAGCUGCCAUUCAGAACACACAUUUCUCCAGUGGCUUAGCGUAGCGCAUGUGCCCUGUGAUUCAGGCAGCCCCUAGAAUCUUAGCGCCUCGCUUCAGCACCUCGCCCUGCAAAAGUUGUGUUAACGGCAGCCUCGAGCUUAGGUAGGGGAUAGUCAAUCGCGGCUAAUACUCAGACGCCAGAGGUCUAUCAUGCAGAGCAGCUGCAAACCCAUUAUUUUGCUACCAACGUCAAAGACACAAACAAGCAAGUAGAAAUGGAAAUUCGUGAAGCUCACGGGUAAGCUUUACCUCCAGCCAGUUAUCCUUCAAGGCAUGCCGCUUUGAUCUGGCCACCCACCGUAUUGGGUCUCGUCGUCAGACCAGUGCCAGAGCCUGAUAUGUUGGCUUGCUUUACUCAUUGUCACACGGGCUUUUAUACAUCAUCCGUAUCGAUUCAUCCCUCCUACCCAGUCUGCUCGUCAGCACUUGCAUCGUGCCCAGCAAUGCUGUUCGUCUUGAGAUUUCUGAAGCCACUCUUUAGCCACUACAGUUAUUUUGACGUAAUCGCGCAGUGCGACAUCAAUGCUGAAUGGAUGGGCAGUUUUUUCAUAUAAAUGUGGUGCAGAUGCAUUUCAUUGCUGACGAGUUCCAGGAGCGGGGUACAGCUGUUCCCAUAACUAGUUAGAAACCACGGGUGCGCGCCCGCCCUCAUCAAAAAUCGUUUCCCCCCCCCUCUCUAGAAACCUACCUACCUACAUCUUUAUGAAACGCGAUUAUAAAACACUAUAACUUUAUAGAAAUAAACUAGAACACUAAUAUUCUAACUUAUAAGUUUCCUAGUUUUAAUUGAAUAUCUAGUUGUAAAGUUAUUAAUUGAUUAAGCUGCAUAGGAUUUGAGGCUCAAGUUAAGAGCUCAGCCUUGAGGUGGCCCGAGCGCAAGGCAAGCUGAGAAAACCGAAAGUCCUAGUUCUAAGGAAAUCAAAUUAAGUCUGUUAAUAUAACUCUACAAAGUAAAACAAAUUAACAAAUAGGUACGACUCAGAGAGGGGGGGGGAAACGAUUUGGAUGAGGGUGGAAAAUCGGUCCCGUGGUUUCUAACUAGUUAUGGGAACGGCUGUAUGAUUGGCUCCUCCAACUUCACCUGGAUCCCCUCUGUCAACCUUAUCAGACCCGAAGUUUACGAGCUUACAUGAGCUUUCCACCCAUUCUGGGUGCACAUUGAGGCAUAUUGACCUUACACGAGAUUUAUUUGCUCUCAAUAUGCGCCUUCUUAGAACCACGACCCUCGAGCUGGAAGAUUUUAUGGGCAUUUCUCCAGCAUAUGCGAUUCUUUCCCAUCGGUGGCAAGAUGACGAGGUUUCUUUUCAAGACAUGAUGAACGGCGAAGCAGCCAACAAAGCGGGGUACAGCAAAAUUAAGAAGUGCUGCCGUGAGGCGUCCAAGCAAGGAUUGAAUUAUGCCUGGAUUGACACCUGUUGCAUCGACAAAACUAGCAGCGCAGAGCUUACCGAAGCCAUAAAUUCCAUGUAUCAAUGGUAUCAAAAUGCGAAAGUCUGUUUUGUUUAUCUUUUCGAUGUCGAUGAUUCAGAGGUCGAUGCACAUUGUUCAGAUGACGCUGUAGACAGCGCCCAUUUCGAAAACAGUUCUUGGUGGACCAGAGGGUGGACCCUACAAGAGCUCAUUGCACCUUCAGCGCUCGAGUUUUACAACUCGAAAUGGAAUUUGCUCGGUUCGAAACACGAUUUGACUGCCCUUAUCACCACAAUUACUGGGAUUCACCAUAAAAUGCUUCAAGGAGCAAACCCCGAAACAUUCAGUGUUGCACAAAGAAUGUCUUGGGCAUCCAAAAGGACUACAACGAGAACUGAAGACAUUGCAUACAGCCUUCUUGGUAUUUUUGGUGUCAACAUGCCAAUGUUAUAUGGCGAAGGAGAGAAGGCUUUCAUUAGGCUGCAGGAAGAAAUUAUGAAACAUUCGAACGACCAUUCUUUGUUCGCAUGGAGUGUUGAAGGUGAGGGUUAUCGGGGUCUUUUAGCAAAAUCUCCUGCCAGCUUUCAACAGUCGUACGAUGUCGUCCCUUCGUUCAAUAAACUCAGUCAUGUUCCAUACUUCGUCACGAACUUUGGGCUGUCCAUCACACUGGCUUUUAUACCUUGGGCAAUGGACACAUAUUUUGUGGCACUCGAUUGCGAAAGAGAGGAUAAAUAUGACAGCCGAAUAGGCAUAUAUCUUAAACUUUUGCGGGAAAAGGAUCAAGCCGCAAGAAUAUCUCUGGAUGGAACAGACUUCCCGACUUUUGAGUCGAGAAACUUUCCGCUGGUUCAUCUUCGGCAGAUAUAUGUUCGUCAACAAGUCUGGUUCGUCGCUCCCCAACCGGAUCGACUUUAUGGUUUCUGGAUCCGAACACUACCUCCUAUGAUAAUGUUUGCAAAAGGGUCAAGAUUUGCUGUAGCCGACUGUAACCAACCUAUCUAUAGAACGGAAGUAUUGUCAAGGAAUGUCUGGAAUGAUGGAGAGCGGUUUCUCAAACUUGAAACAGGCGAACACGGUACAGCAGGAAGAAUAUGGUACGAAUCGGUAGAUAAACAUCGAUAUACUGUGUUCAAGAUCGGAUUUGAUGAUGCAUUCAAUCCUGUCUGCCUCUGUUCAACUCACGGUGUGGAAGGGUCGCUACGGGACCUGCCUGUAUCGGAUAACAAGUGGCUUCAAUACCCCGUGGGAAGGAAAGACGGGUAUCUGCAAGGUGAUAGGUUCUUGGGACUACGUGAGACUGUGCACCUUGUCACAGUCUCGGUAAGUAAGGAAGUAGUUGGGGGCCAGAGAAUGUGGGUCAUUGACAUUCAUCCUGUCUUAACGGACGAAAAGCAGAGCAGAUAGGAACUUUAGAGCAUGACUUACCAAAACUGCCGGUGGUGAUUGUCGAUUGACAUGCUACCAUGUUAUUUUACCCAGGCAGAUGCAGACGUAGAUAUCCAAUCCUCGCUUCACUCCAAC